CCUCUCUCUCUCUAUCUCUCUCUCUCUUCUCUCGCUCCCUCGCUUUCCUGCCUCUCUCUCUCUCUCUCUCUCAUACACACACACACACACCCUGACACAGUCUAUCGCACCCUCAUUCCUCCACACUGCUGCAGACAUGGCUGAGGCUUUCGUUGGCACAUGGAACCUCAAGGAGUCCGAGAAAUUUGAUGAAUACAUGAAGGAGCUGGGUGUUGGUUUUGCUACACGUAAAGUGGGCAACCUGACCAAGCCCACCACUAUUAUCGCAGUGGACGGCGACAAAGUGACGGUGAAGACUCAGAGCACCAUUAAGAACACAGAGCUCAACUUCAAGCUGGGAGAGGAGUUUGACGAGACCACCGCCGACGACAGGAAGGUCAAGUCCCUUGUGACAAUAGACAACGGGAAGAUGGUGCACAUACAGAAGUGGGACGGCAAAGAGACCAGUCUGGUCCGGGAAGUCAGUGGAAACGCUCUCACACUGACACUCACACUCGGAGAUGUCGUCUGCACACGUCGCUAUGAGAAGGCAGAGUAAAGCAACACUGAGACCCCCCUCCUCUUUCUACCUUACAUCAACUGAAGCCUUGCAACCCCCUAAACUCCUUAUAACACCAUCUCACACCAAGCAAACCCCUAAUACGGGUGAUGCUGAUCCCCCCAAUGUCCCUUCUUCCUCUAUGCUCAGUAUUAACGUUGCUGCUGACCGUGACCUCACCCCCAGUGUUUUCUCCCCGUCUUUCUCUUUAUACUGUCGUUCCUUCUACUGUAAGAAACACUGAAUAAAUUCCAAUGAUUUGUUGUUGUUUUCUCUUUAAAUGUCCAGGAGCCACAUGCAUAAAGCUAUGUAGAUGAAAUAUACCUUUAUAUUUCAUCUCCUCCUCAUCACUUAACCCUCAGAUCGCUUUAGACGCCUGGUCUGAAGAGUGUGUGAGGUGCGCACAUUCAAUUUUUAUAAAUACCAGUUUAUGUGCAGGAAAUAGUGUAUGCAUGUGGCCCCAGGUCUGCAUUUUUCUUUUUUUUAGAAAAUGAGUUAUUAUGCAUGUGAUAAACCUGGAACAGUGUUUGAAUUUAAAAGUUUGACUAUUGACACCUGAAAAAAUAACAAUAAAAACGUCCAAAAUGUUGGACAAACUGAGAAUACUAUGAAA